AUGGAAAUUUCUAACAAAUUCAAAAGGGUUUGCGUUUUCUGUGGAAGUAGCGCUGGGAAGAAGGACUGCUACACCCAAGCAGCAAUCGACCUAGGCCGCCACUUGGCUGCCAAAAAGUUGGAUCUUGUGUAUGGUGGUGGAAGCAUUGGACUCAUGGGCUUGGUGGCGCAGUCUGUGCGCGAUGCCGGCGGAAAUGUUCUUGGGAUCAUACCGAAACCAUUGCUGGGCAAGGAGAAAACGGGGGAGACAAUUGGGGAGCUGAGGAUCGUGGGCGAUAUGCACCAGAGGAAGGCUGAAAUGUCUCGUAACAGUGAUUGCUAUAUAGCUUUACCAGGUGGGUACGGAACUCUGGAGGAGCUGUUGGAGGUGAUCACAUGGGCUCAGCUCGGAAUUCAUACAAAGCCGGUGGGAUUACUGAAUGUGGGAGGGUUCUUCGACGGGCUGUUGAGGUUCGUGGAGGGAGCAGUGGAGGAAGGCUUCAUAACCCCAAUCGAGCGUCACAUCUUCGUCUCCGCUCCAAAUGCCGCCGACCUCCUUCUCAAACUCCACGAAUAUGCACCUGUGGUGGCUUCAAAGUUAAAAUGGGAUGAUGCUGCAGCUGAAGUACUAGUAGUACCAAUUGAGCAUAUUCCGGCAGCACCACCAAUUGAGCAUAUUCCGGCAGCACCACCAAUUGAGCAUAUUCCGGCAGCACCACCAACAUCAAGUAAUCCUCAAGACGACGACAGUGAUGCUUCUGCCAACCCAAACAAUUCAUAA